AUGCAAGACCCCGAGACCGGCGCCACCCUCGAAACUACAACUCAGACGGAGACUUCAUCAUCAUCAUCAUCAAACGACCCUUCAGCUAAAUUCGCUGCCCUCCGCUCCAGAUCCGAUCGCAACAAUGACUUUGAUAAACCGUACGAUACUGAUUUGGACGCUUCAAGAAUCGACUGGGGAGAAGAUGAGUCCCUCAGACUCGAAUCAAUGCGCGAGGCUGGAUUUGUUCCAAGCUCCUUUGAAGAAGACGAGUGA